AUGAACCCAAAAGCUGUACAAGCUUAUGUUUUGGACGAAUCGGGUCUCAACGCAAAGACUCAUCCACAAAGCAAUAUAUCAACCCAUAAUCGCGUCGACUUUAUCACUCAUGUUGGGUUUCUGCGAUUACUGACUAGAGAUGGACUUUCUGGACUCUAUAGACGAUGUUCAUUAGAGUUCUCCUACAAAAUUCAAGUUCUUGGAAUUGGGCAGGAAUGGGCCGAGCAUACUGAUAUCAUGAAAUUCUGGGAGUUGCCAUUGAUAGCGUCGAUGAACAGGGCCAUAGCAGGUCCACUCCUCGAAGCCAUAAAUCCCGAUUUCACUGAAGAUUUUCUCGAGUUCCUUCCAUAUGCUUACCAACUUGUGAAAUCUUUCCCUCCUUGGUUGAUCCCUAGGGCUUAUAGUAUUCGCAAAAAGCUUGUUGCCACCGUGAAAUCAUGGCACAGUAUCGCAAGAUCUCAGUUCGAAGAUCAUUAUGUUGAUGCUGAUGGUGAUGCUGAUCCAUGGCGGGGCUCACGAUGCAUACGAGAGCGGCAGGAUUACCUAUCCAAGGUAGACGAUUGGGACUACGAUUCAAUGGCUGUAUCGGAUUUUGGUCUCUUAUGGGGCGCAAGCAUCAAUGUGCACAAGGCAGCAGUAUGGGCUGUCAUAGAAAUAUUCAAAGAUCCAGCUUUGCUUUCCCGUGUUCGGAAAGAACUACAAGGAGCUUCUUUUGAUCCUGAAUCUCUUGCAUCACCCCAUUUUAUUCAUAAACUAAUUCAGAUUCCGCUAUUACAAUCGAUUUAUGCAGAAUGGAUUUUUCCUAAAAAGACUCCUAUUCUGGUACCUUGUGGCCCGGCACAUCAUGAUGCCAAAGUGUGGAACACGAGAAAUGGCGAGUUCCCACUGGAUACUUUCUGGGCGGAUCGGUUCUUACUAUACCCAGAGGACGCUGUGAGCGGACCUAUGAUCACAACCCCGUCAUCUAAUGGCGUUUCACAAUUCAUGUCAUCUUCCCAUCAAAAGAAUUCCUCGAAGCCCAUCUACUGCGAGUCCGUUAUGCGGAGUUCUUUCAUCGGGUACGGCGUAGGAGAGAGAACUUGUCCGGGACGUAUCUUGGCUAAACGUGAGAUCAUCGCAGUUUUUGCAAGAAUUGUGCAACAAUAUGACAUUGAGCUGUUGACAGAAGAAAAGCAUUUCAAACAUAGUAUGGCAUUUUAUAGAUUUGGUACUCAAGCCCCAAAGAACAAGAUACCUCUUAGAAUUAAGAGAAGAGGACGUUAA